AUGGAGGUGGAUAAGUGGAACAGCGACGGUGGUGAAUACACGUCGGAGGACGAAGGGACGGAGGAUUACCGGCGCGGCGGUUACCACGCCGUGCGGAUCGGAGACUCCUUUAAGAACGGUCGGUACGUUGUUCAGAGCAAACUCGGUUGGGGCCAUUUCUCCACUGUCUGGCUCGCCUGGGACACUCAAUCCUCUCACUCAGGCCCGAACGGUCAACAUGUAUGUAUGGUGUUUGAGUACUUGGGAGACAAUCUGUUGACGCUCAUAAAGUAUUCUGACUACCGUGGCUUGCCUCUUCCCAUGGUCAAGGAGAUUUGUUAUCACAUGUUGGUUGGAUUAGACUACUUGCACAAACAGCUCUCGAUCAUACACACUGAUCUGAAGCCUGAAAAUGUCUUGUUACCGUCGACGAUUGAUCCGUCUAAAGAUCCCAGGAAGUCUGGAGCUCCUCUUGUUCUCCCCACUGAUAUGGACAAGACAGUUGACUCCAACGGCGACUUUGUCAGGAAUCGAAAGAAAGAUGUACAUAGAAAGGUGAAGCCUUCUGCUCAAGGAAGUGCAGAGAAAAGGAGCAUUGUUGAUUCGGUUAAUGGAAAACCGAGCGCUGCAGAGAAAUCGGUUGAAGAAGACUGUCCUUCUACUUCUGCCGCUAAUGGAUUAGAUGGUGGCGAGAAAGGAAAGCAAGGCGGUAAGAAAGGGAGUCGGUCGAGCAGAAGGCACCUUGUGUCAUCGGUUGACCUCAAGUGCAAACUUGUUGACUUUGGUAACGCGUGUUGGACAUACAAACAGUUCACAAGCGACAUUCAAACGAGGCAGUACAGGUGUCCAGAAGUAAUCCUCGGGUCUAAGUAUUCGACAUCGGCUGAUCUCUGGUCGUUUGCGUGCAUAUGUUUUGAACUUGCCACUGGAGAUGUACUUUUCGAUCCCCAUAGUGGAGACAACUACGAUAGAGAUGAGGACCACUUGGCUUUGAUGAUGGAGCUUCUCGGAAUGAUGCCACGGAAGAUAGCAUUAGGAGGCCGCUACUCCAGAGAUUUCUUCAAUAGGCAUGGUGAUCUUCGGCACAUCAGAAGACUGCGUUUCUGGCCCAUGAACAAAGUCCUUACCGAGAAGUACGAGUUCAGUGAGCAAGAUGCUAAUGACCUGAGUGAUUUUCUUGUUUCGAUUCUUGAUUUCGUCCCCGAGAAACGACCAACUGCGUCUCAGUGUCUCUUACAUCCAUGGAUCAACUCUGGUCCUCGCGCUCUAGAACCUUCACUCUCACCUAAAGACCAAAAAUCCGAGGACAAGCUCGAUACAGAGAGAGAGAAGAGAGAGAACGAGGAGCAAGAAGCUGUGGAAGUUAAAAUGGGAAACGUUGCCAUAUCAUCCUCAGAAUCCAAACCAGGUAUGAGCAGAAGCUCCUCUCGUAAGCAAGAAAUUUAA